AUGUGCAUGGGGUCUGGGAGACCCCAGGCGGUGAAUGUGCUGGACCACUUUCUGUUUGCAGAUAUUAAUGCCACCUGCUGGAUGUUCAGGUUCCUACAGCUUUGGGUUACCUUUCCUGUUAGGCAGGAAGUUGUCAUAAACCAGGAAGCCCAGCUCAGGGACAUCGGCAGAAGAGACCAUCAGGUCCAGGGAGCAGGCGAUGGUGGGUGUGAGGGGCCGUGUGUGAGAGAAGUCUGGACAAGAAACACUUCCAUGUGGUGUGGAACAACACAGGACCAUCUCCAAUUACGGCUGUCUGGGGGUGGAAGUACAUGUGCUGGACGAGUGGAGAUUUAUUACAAUGGGUCUUGGGGCACAGUUUGUGAUGACUCCUGGGAUCUAGAUGACGCUAACGUGGUCUGCGGGCAGCUAGGUUGCGGAUAUGCUGUGGAAGAUAAAAUUCCGGGAUUCUGUGGACGAAGUAAAGGCCAAAUUUGGUUGGAUGAAGUAAGAUGCUCGGGUAACGAAUCAUACCUCUGGAACUGUUCCUCCGCACCGUGGGGUCGGCACGAUUGCAGUCAUAAGGAAGAUGUGACAGUGAAGUGUUCUGAACACAAAGAGAUGCGCCUGGUGAACGGAGGCCGGCGGUGUGAAGGGAGAGUGGAAGUGUGGUACAACGGGACAUGGGGAACAGUGUGCUCCGAGAAGCUCUAUAGUGUGGAGGCGGAAGUGAUCUGUAAACAAUUAGAAUGUGGACCCCUCGCAUAUAUUGACUAUCGCGGCUGGAAAUAUGGACAAGGUUCUGGGCCCAUAUGGAUCGAUGAGAUGAAAUGUAACUCGUACGAGUCAGCCCUUUGGCAGUGCCAGUUUGACCCGUGGGGGCAACACAACUGUGACCACAGGGAGGAUGUAGGCAUUUCAUGUAAAGAUGCUGAAAUGCCGGAGACAACCCGCGGGAAAGACUGCGACGGAGGAAAUGAAUCUAAAUCUCGCCGUUUACCAGAUCUACAACUGCGGGUUGAUGGCGGCAGCAACAAUUGCUCCGGAAGGGUUGAAAUAUUAUUCAACAACAGCUGGGGAACGGUGUGUGAUGACUCCUGGGGUCUCGUCGAUGCCAAUGUCGUCUGCAGACAGUUGGGCUGUGGCUCUGCUCUUUGGACUCCAGGAGCGGCGACCAUUGCCCCGGCCUCAGGUGAUAUCUGGCUGGAUGAAGUGAAAUGCACGGGAAGGGAAUCAUUCCUGUCCCGUUGUCCGUCUUCACCGCUCGGUCAACAUGACUGUGAUCACAAGGAAGAUGUCUAUGUCACCUGUUCUGGAAUUUCAAUUUCAGAGUUGAGAAAGAAGCCGCUCUCCACGGCUGUUGUGGUUUGCACAACUCUGGGAAUCCUACUCAUCGCUGAAUUUGUCGCACUGGUGAUAAUAGCUCGGAGGAAAUCAGCAAGAAGAGAUGCAGAGUUGAGAGCCAGAGGAUUUGGCUUUUACGAAGCAAUUUAUGAAGAGAUUGACGAUACUCUUCCUGGAAACAAGUUCAGUCAGAUGGAUGAUUCAAUCUCUGGAUCCAUUGAUUCCAUGAAUCAAAUAGAAUAUUACACCAGUGACCCUCUGGGUUGUGCUCAUUCAACAAGCGAACUCCCUGAAGGAACCUCCUCCAGUGUUCGAGAUCUAGUUCCUGGUGACCAUGACGAUCCUGAGAGUAAAGCCAUUGAUUGUCCGGGCGGUCAGUUCCCGACGGACGGUGGCGCCGAUGACCUUCUGAUGCUAACAGUUGCCGGCGGUGACGUGGACAUUGGUGGUGAAUCUAGCAUGAUACCUUGUUUCCAAAGCCUGGCUUAAAAUGGUGAAAAACGCUCGGCGUUUCAUCAAACAGCACGUGCCUUUCACUCUUCCUGCAAGAUCGACAAGCAGAUCUUCACAGCAUUGAUAUCACUCACCAACUUAUCACAAGCAGAAUCUUUGACUUCAUUUUAAACCACUUGGUUUGAUUUUUUGCCCUAAACCUUGGAAGAAAACAUGUUCUCUGCUCUCUGGACAGGUGUAGAAAAACAUAUUUAAUCGUCAUUCUUCUUCUGGAAGAUAGAUCUUUUUUUUCCUAAUCAAUAAACAUGUGUUAAUUUGAAUUUGUAAGCGUUUUUAUACAUUCCAUGUAAAUGCUUAAGAUUGUGCAGGUUAAAAUGAAUGUUACUUUGUUCUUAUCAUGCUUUACCUUGCUUUGGUGUUGUAAUGAACUGUUUCAAUCUCGCUCUAUGUAAGAAUUGAACAAGCAUAAUAAAUACUUCAGGUGGAAUUCGA